AAAAUUGUCCGUAAACGCAGCUUAAAACAAGUCGUAAUAUUUUGAACCUUUUAUGGUGUACAGAAAUUGCUAAUAUAAACAUUCAGUGGAAAAUUUAAUUUGUUUCAGAGUAAUACCAAACACCAAAAUCGAUUUUGUCGAAAACCGAUUACACGUAAAAAUUCCCGUUUUUCCUUAAUUUUUUUUUUCCCGUUGCUUGUUAAAACUAAUGGUAAUUUUAAAUUUUGACCUCCUCAAUGCAACCAACUUGAUUCACUUUUCCAUCUUACAAGACAUCUACCGAAGUUUAUAUUUAAGUUCCAACUAGAUUUCUAGAUGCAAUUUUCUAUACCAGACACCCAUCUCAUAUUUUAAGAUUGAAGCAUUUUUAUAUUACGCCAAAUGUCUGUCAAACACAAAUAAAGUUUUUUUAAAUAAUACAAUUUUGUUAUAUCGUCGAUCCGUUCAGAAUUUAAAAGUUUUAAUGUCAUUCAAGUUUAACAAUUUAUUGUUUAAAAAAUGGCAUGAAUACGUAAUUUCUUAUUACUACUUAUUACUAUUAAUUACUUUCUUAUAAUAAUGGUAUUGUGUAAUAAUAUUGUAUCAGGCACGUAAAAAUAUUAUAGGUUGUUAACAAUAAUAAUAAUAAUAUAGUAUGAGAUUAUAAAAAAAAAUACAAAUUAGUUAAAAACAAUCUUAAUAAACAUGGAAGUGGAAACGUUAUUAGAAAACAACAUAAUUUAUUGUAGAUAAUUUUUUAUCGCUUCAAACACAGUGUAUUUAUACAGAGGUAUACCAACGUUUUCUUCACAGUUCUUACAAACAGUUAUAAACAGUGUUUUCCUAAGAUAUUUUUUUAUAAAGUCAUUUACACUCGACAUCAUGAAAUUCUCAAUGGUAUUACUUUUGGUGGCAGUUGUUAUGGUACAACAAUGUUUGAGUGCUCACUGCCAUCACGAAAGUGAAAAAUCUCAACAAGAUAGCACUAUUGAUCACACUGGCCACAACCACGGACCUCACGCAAGCCACGAAGACCCGCAUGCAGGCCAUAACCACGAAGGCAGUGACCAUGCAGGCCAUAACCACGACGAAACCGAUCACUCAGGCCAUGACCAUACAACAGGUGAUCACACUGGCCAUAACCACGAAACACAUAAACAUCCAACAGCCUAAAUACUAAUUAUUAAGCUAAGCACACAAUUGUAUAACGACACCACAAUCAAUUAAUAAAUCAAUAUUUCAUUAAAAUUAAUAUGGCACUCUUCGUAAUAUAAUUUACCUAUAUUUUUCUCGUGUAAUAACUAAUAUUGUGUAUCAUUAUGAAAUAAAUUAAGAAUACUCAA